AUGUAUUGGGGUUCGAAACGAAACACGACAAAUACGGGUGAAAUGACAACCACCUACCGCUGGGAAGACGAGGUCGAAGCUAGGGUGGGCGAGCCCGAACCGGAAGACGAUGUCGUCGGCGUAGACGGGAGGCGCGCGGGGGGAUCGUGGUCGACUACCGAUCUGGAGCGCUGGUUUGCAGAGGCGAUUCGUUCUGCCAUGGAUUACGCCAUGAGGCAGGACAGCUCGAGGGUUGCUGGCGAUUAG